AAUAUUACAGAAAACAUUUGGAGGAUUCAAAUAUAUUGGGUACAACAAACAAAUAAGAGAUUUUCGACGUGGAUAUUUGAUUCCUAUCAAUCAAAUGAAUUUCGAUUACCUCGUAGAAGAAAUCGAUUCCGAAGUGGAAUGCUCACAACCUUUGGGCCCCCAAAGAGAUAAAGUGUUUAAACCAAAUUCUUACAAUCUCGUUUGCGCUCCUCCAGCAGAACUAUCAGAAAUUUUGGUACCGUCACCAUCGCCUGGCGGCCAUGCAGAUAUAAUCCAGAAGCUGGAUGCUAUUGAGACCCGUCUCACUGCCAUUGGGAAGUCCCUAACAGACAAAAUGCCAGAGAAGGCCGAGGUGAAGGCGCAAAGUAAAUUAUUGCGCGAAUGCCGCGUCAUUGCGGCAAAGACGCACCAUUCAAUUAGCCGCAUCACCGGUGAUUUGGAGGACGAGCAUUACGUGGAGCUCGCUUCGAAACUGCCCAUGUCAUCGGAAGAGCACGUGCGCUUCGUGGAAGACAAACUUUCCCAAAAGGAAAGCACGGAUGCUAUGAUGCGGCUAAUAUUGAAAUCAAAGGGCGCAAAAGGCAGUGUGGACGGCGUACUUCGUGGUUUGUUUUCAGACGAUGUAAUGUACCAUUACAAUUUAGAGGGGCGCAAGGAGAAGAAACCCCUACUAAAACUAAAGUGCGUAGGGUUAGUUUUUGAUAUAUUUCCUGACAAGGAUAAAAGCAGUAUAUGUGGGGAGCUCCGGAGAUUUGUGGCCUUAAGCCACAAUCGUUAUAAACAGAAGAAACAUAAACUAAGGGCUAAACUAAUAUAAGUUUUAUUAUUAUUACUUAUAUAUAUUAGUGUUAAGUUGUAAAUAUUAGUUUUAAGUUGUACAUAUUAGUUUUAAGUUGUAAAUAUUAGUUUUAAGUUGUACAUAUUAGUUUUAAGUUGUAUAUAUUAG